UUUUCCAGCUGUCCCUCAGUCGGUCAGGAUUCCACAGCCACGGAAGAUUCACCGGAAAGGGUUUUAGUGAUAAACCAACAAAUUUUGGGGGGAGAGACCACAUUGUAUGGUCACAUAAGCACGCAACGGGCUACUUCAGACAGCAUUCAACGAUGGAAAGUGAACUAUGAGGUGUUGUGUAGCUGCAGAAGACUGAGUGAACCAUGGCACAGUUCCCAACCACAUUCACAGGUCCAGAUGUGUUUCUGAUCUCUGUGGAUGAGAGAGCCAAACAUGAUCAGCAGUUUCAUAGCCUCUCUCCGACUGCUGGUGGUUUUAUCACAGGUGACCAGGCGAGGAACUUUUUUCUUCAAUCAGGGCUGCCCCCGCCCGUCCUCGCCCAAAUAUGGGCUCUGGCUGAUAUGAACAGUGACGGAAGAAUGGAUAUCCAUGAGUUCUCAAUCGCCAUGAAGCUCAUCAAACUGAAACUCCAGGGUCACCCUCUGCCCCCAGCACUUCCUCCCAGUAUGAAACAACACCCGCUGCCUUUACCCCCACAGACUGGUUUUGGCAUGCCCCCCAUGGCGCCCAUCGCAACUCCUCUUCCGCCGUGCCCCCCGCUCCCCCUGCCUCCUCUUCCCGUUGGGGUUUCGCCCCCGCUCGUCUCGUCCGCGCCGCCUCCUCUUCCGCAGCCCCUUGCCAACGGAGCUCCUCCCACAGGCAUGAUGCAGCCCAUCUCAGGCUUCUCCCACCCAGCUCCCUCUGUCAACAAGUCCUCUUCAUUUAACCGGUCCAGUACCAAGUUGCAGAAGGGCUCAUCCUUUGAUGCUGCUGGUGCUCAGCCCCCCUCUGAUUGGGCAGUUCCUCAGUCCUCCAGGCUGAAGUACAGACAGCUUUUUAACUCCCACGACAAGAUGAUGAGUGGACACCUCACUGGUCCCCAGGCUCGCACAAUCCUGAUGCAGUCCAGUCUUCCUCAAACCCAGCUUGCCACGAUAUGGAAUUUAUCAGACAUUGACCAGGAUGGAAAGCUGACGGCUGAGGAGUUUAUCUUGGCUAUGCACCUCAUAGAUAUGGCUAUGUCAGGGUUACCGCUGCCCCCAGUGUUACCUCCAGAAUACCUCCCACCAUCAUUCAGGCGUGUGCGCAGUGACAGCGUUCAGUCGGACCAGAAGAGCGUCCAGGAGGAGAUGGAGGAGGAGACAGAGAGCCUGGAGAAGAAACUACCAGUGACAUUUGAGGAUAAGAAGAGGGAGAACUUUGAGCGAGGGAAUCUGGAGUUGGAGAAAAGACGUCAGGCUCUGCAGGAGCAGCAGAGGAAAGAGCAGGAGAGGCUGGCUGCGCUGGAGAGGGAGGAACAGGAGAGAAAGGAGCGCGAGCGUCUGGAGCACGAGAGGAGACGCCAACAGGAACUAGAAAAACAACUGGAGAAACAGAGAGAGCUGGAGAGACAGAGAGAAGAGGAGAGGCGCAAAGAGAUAGAGAGGAGAGAGGCUGCUAAGAGGGAAUUAGAGCGCCAGCGUCAGCUGGAGUGGGAGCGCCAGCGGCGGCAGGAGCUUCUGACUCAAAGAAACCGAGAGCAGGAGAGUAUAGUGCUGCUCAAAGCCAGGAAGAAGACGCUGGAGUUUGAACUGGAGGCUCUGAAUGACAAGAAGAGCCAGUUGGAGGGUAAACUGAAGGACGUUCGCUUUCGUCUGUCAGCUCAGAGGAAAGAGGUGGAGCAGACCAAUCAGACCAGAGAGACGCGCAUUGCUGAAAUCACGCUUUUACAGCAGCAGCUGCAGGACUCCCAGCAGUGGCUGGGGAGGCUGAUUCCUGAUAAGCAGAGUCUCAAUGAGCAGCUGAAACAGGUUCAGCAGAACAGUCUGCACCGUGAUAGUCUGUCGUCCCUGCAGAAAGCUGUUGAGCAGAAAGAGAUCAGCAGACAGCAGCUCAGAGAGCAGCUUGAUGCUGUGGAGAAAGAGACGAGGGCCAAACUGCUAGAAAUAGACGCUUUCAACACUCAGCUGAAGGAGCUGAGAGAGAUCCACAGCCGGCAGCAGAGACAGAAACAGAAGGAGCUGGAGGGAGACACACACACACAGACACACACACAGACUCACACACAGUCUCACAUACAAGCCCCCAGCGAGAGGAAGUCCGCUGAGCUGCAGGAGGGCAGGUUGUCAUCAGAGGAAGGUGCCGCCUGGAAGGAGGAAGCAGGAAGCUCUGCUCCUAAAGCUCCAAGCCCUGCCUCUGUUUCCGCACCCCACGCAUGGCUGAACAGAGUGACGCAGGAAGAGGAAGAGAGGAAAAGGAGAGGAAUGGAGGAGGAGCAGGAGGGCAGAAAGGGAGCAGGAUCGACAGAAGAGAAGGAGGACGAGGGCAGAGGCAAGAAGGAUAUGCAAGACAAGCUAAACAAGCUUUUCAGCCAGCCGGCGGACCCCUGGGCUUCGGCAGUGGAUAAAGCUCCUGCUCCUGCUCCCAGUCUGUUUGACCAGAAGGCUUCGGCCAGCGCCUUCGACCAGCAGCCGGUGAAGGUGGUGUACUACAGGGCUCUGUAUCCGUUUGACGCUCGCAGCCAUGAUGAGAUCAGUAUUGUCCCCGGAGAUGUUAUCAUGGUGAAGGGGGAAUGGGUCGAUGAGUCGCAAACAGGUGAGCCCGGUUGGCUGGGAGGUGAGCUCAGAGGGCGGACCGGUUGGUUUCCUGCCAAUUAUGCAGAACGGAUACCUGACAGCGAAGCGCCGAUCAGCCUGCGCUCCACAGCCUCAGCCACAGCCUCCUCAACCCAGCAGCCAAUGACUACACCCCCUCCAGCCCCAGGACACACCUCCUCCUCCACCACGUCUUCUGCUAACAGCAACUGGGCAGACUUCAGCACAACCUGGCCCUCAAACACAACCAGCCAGUCAGACAGUGAGGGCUGGGACGCGUGGCCAACCUCUUCAGCCAGUCAGAAUCCAUCUCUGAGCGUUCCCUCAGCACAGCUGCGGCAGCGCUCUGCCUUCACACCCGCCACUAUGACGACCGGUUCCUCUCCUUCUCCGGUGCUGGGACAGGGAGAGAAGGUCGAGGGUCUUCAGGCUCAGGCUUUGUAUCCCUGGAGAGCAAAGAAAGAAAACCACCUGAACUUCAACAAAAAUGAGAUAAUAACAGUGUUGGAGCAGCAGGACAUGUGGUGGUUAGGUGAACUGCAGACCGGACAGAGAGGCUGGUUCCCCAAAAGUUACGUGAAGCUCAUCUCUGCCACCACGACGGCCCCCGCUGUGGCUGCGGCACGUGGCAAAAACACAAAUGAAACAGGAGCAUCAGAAAGCCCACCCAAUGGAAAACGUCCCUCCCCCUCCCCAACAAAACCUUCUGAGUCCGGUGAAGAAUAUGUGGCCAUGUACACCUACGAGAGCAAUGAGCAGGGGGACCUGAGUUUCCAGCAAGGUGACAUCGUCGUGGUGACGAGGAAAGAAGGUGAUUGGUGGACGGGCAUGGUCGGAGGAAAAACUGGAGUCUUUCCGUCCAACUACGUCAAACCACGGGACUCCACGUCAGAGUCACUGGGAGCAGCAGGGAAGACGGGCAGCCUUGGAAAGAAACCAGAGAUCGCUCAGGUGAUCGCCCCCUACAGUGCUACAGGAGCAGAGCAGCUAACUUUAGCUCCGGGACAGCUCAUCCUCAUCAGGAAAAAGAACCCGGGGGGCUGGUGGGAGGGCGAGCUCCAGGCUCGAGGGAAAAAGCGUCAGAUCGGUUGGUUUCCAGCCAAUUAUGUGAAACUGCUCAGUCCCAGCACCAGCAAGACAACGCCCACAGAGCCCACCCCUCCUAAACUGGCUCCUGCCAGCACAGCGCUCUGUCAGGUCAUCGGCAUGUACGACUACGUGGCGCAGAACGACGAUGAGCUGGCGUUCCAGAAGGGUCAGGUGAUCACAGUGCUCAACAAAGACGACUGUGAUUGGUGGAAAGGCGAGCUCAAUGGGAGGGAGGGUCUGUUUCCCAGCAACUACGUCAAACUCACCACAGAUACUGACCCGAGCACGCAGUGGUGCGCUGACCUGCAUCUGCUGGACAUGCUGAGUCCUAUGGAGAGGAAGAGGCAGGGGUACAUCCACGAGCUGAUCGUCACAGAGGAGAACUACGUCAACGACCUGCAGCUCGUCACGGAGAUCUUCCACAAACCUCUGCUGGAGUGCGAGCUGCUGACGGAGAAGGAAGUGGCCAUGAUCUUCGUCAACUGGAAGGAGCUCAUCAUGUGCAACAUCAAACUGCUCAAGGCUCUGAGAGUGAGGAAGAAGAUGUCGGGCGAUCGGAUGCCGGUGAAGAUGAUUGGUGACAUCCUGACCAACCAGCUUCCUCACAUGCAGCCGUACAUCAGGUUUUGUUCGUGUCAGCUGAACGGAGCCACGCUCAUUCAACAGAAAACCGACGACAACCCCGAGAUCAAAGACUUCCUCAAGAGGUUAGCCAUGGAUCCCCGGUGUAAGGGAAUGCCUCUGUCCAGCUUCCUGCUCAAGCCCAUGCAGAGAGUCACGCGUUACCCCCUCAUUAUCAAAAAUAUUUUAGAAAACACUCCAGAGUCCCACCCAGACCACAGCCACCUGAAAGCAGCUCUGGAGAAGGCAGAGGAGCUGUGCUCGCAGGUGAACGAGGGCGUCAGGGAGAAGGAGAACUCGGAUCGCCUGGAGUGGAUUCAGGCUCAUGUUCAGUGUGAGGGCCUGUCAGAGCAACUGGUGUUUAACUCCGUCACCAACUGCCUGGGUCCCAGGAAGUUCCUCCACAGCGGGAAGCUGUUUAAAGCCAAAAGCAGCAAAGAGCUCUACGGCUUCCUGUUCAACGACUUCCUGCUGCUCACACAGGUAACCAAACCUUUGGGCUCAUCGGGCUCGGACAAAGUCUUCUCCGCAAAAACACACCUGCAGUACCGCAUGUACAAGACGCCGAUCUUCCUAAAUGAGGUGUUGGUGAAGCUGCCAACGGACCCGUCAGGAGAUGAGCCUCUGUUCCACAUCUCCCACAUAGACAGAGUUUACACGCUCCGAGCCGAGAGCAUCAAUGAAAGGACGGCGUGGGUUCAGAAAAUUAAGGCAGCUUCAGAGCUCUUCAUAGAGACGGAGAAGAAGAAGCGGGAGAAGGCGUAUCUAGUGCGUUCUCAGAGGGCCACGGGUAUCGGCAGACUGAUGGUCAACAUCGUGGAGGGAAUUGAGCUCAAACCCUGUCGCUCCCACGGAAAGAGUAACCCAUACUGUGAGGUGACCAUGGGUUCCCAGUGCCAUAUCACAAAAACAUUACAGGACACCCUGAAUCCUAAGUGGAAUUCCAACUGUCAGUUUUUUAUUAAGGACCUGGAACAGGAUGUCCUCUGUAUCACUGUGUUUGAACGAGACCAGUUCUCGCCUGACGACUUCUUGGGCAGGACAGAAAUCCGGUUGGCGGAAAUAAAGAAGGACCAGGGUUCUAAAGGACCAAUUACAAAGAGGCUGCUGCUCCACGAGGUUCCCACAGGAGAGAUCGUCGUCAGGCUGGACCUCCAGCUGUUUGAAGAACCGUGA